AUGGGUAGUCGAAUUCGCGAAAAACGUCGACACACAAGUGUUGAUGCAAUUGAGGAAAAAAGAAAUCGAGUGAGUUUUUCAUGGGAAAAUUAGAAAAAAAUAGGUUUGUCAACCAAAAUUCGACAAAAAACUCGAAUUUCGCACCAAAAAACUUGGAAAACCCUGAAAGAAUUCUGAAAACUUUUCCAGAAAAGCAUUGGAAUUCAAGUGAAUUUGGUUGAAAAGGUUGAAACUAUUCAAACAACACAAUCAAUCGUGAAAAUUGAGAAGCCUUGUUGUCGAAUUUGCGAGAUUGAUCUGAGCAAUGCCAUCAAAUCGACCGAAAUUCCCGAAAAAACUGAUGAAUUUCUCAGAUGGUGUAAGAUUUUGGGAAAGCAAUUUCAGAAUAAUGUUUUUCAAAAUCAACAACCUCAUUUGAUUUGUUUGACUCAUGUUUUUGAGCAAAAUUGGAAAAAUUUUUGA